AUGACUCGAUGGUCCAGUUACCUGUUGGGAUGGAUGACCUUCCUCCUCUGUUCCUAUGAGUGAGGUGGAGGGAGGAACGAGGAAUGUGUCUUUCCUUUCACCUACCAGGGAUCUGUUUACUUCACUUGCACCAAAAUUCUUAGCUUAUCCCCUUGGUGUGCCACCAGAGCGGUGUACAAUGGCCGAUGGAAGUACUGCCAGAGUGAAGACUACCCACGCUGUAUCUUCCCUUUCAUCUAUCGAGGAAAGGCCUAUAACAGCUGCAUCUCCCAGGGGAGCUUCUUAGGCAGUCUGUGGUGCUCAGUCACCUCCGUCUUCGAUGAGCAACAGUAGUGGAAAUUCUGUGAAACCAGUGAGUAUGGGGGAAAUUCUCUCAGCAAGCCCUGCAUCUUCCCCUCCAUCUACAGAAAUAACGUGGUCUCUGAUUGCAUGGAGGAUGAAAGCAACAAACUCUGGUGCCCGACCACGGAGAACAUGGAUAAGGAUGGAAAGUGGAGUUUCUGUGCCGACACCAGAAUUUCCGCACUGCUCCCCGGCUUUCCUUGCCACUUUCCAUUCAACUACAAAAACAAGAAUUAUUUUAACUGCACUAACAAAGGAUCAAAGGAGGACCUUGUGUGGUGUGCAACUUCUCACAACUACGACCAGGACCACACCUGGGUGUACUGCUGA